AUGCCGCCUCCUUUUACCCGGUUGGCUUCUUGCUGUAAUUUGGUGAAACGUUCAUGGAAUCUCGGACGUGUUAGUUCGCUUGUCUAUACAACAUGCUCCGACGUGUCAGACUCUUCUUCGGAUACCAAUGUGUUAUGUCGUGCGCUUGAAAAACUCGGUAAGUUCAAGGUAAUUAAUGCAACCCUCUUGGAGCAGUCGAAAAGAGAACGGAGCAGUGCGUUGUUAUUUAUACGUCAACUGAAAGAGUCUGGUUUUAAACAUGAUUUAGAAACUUACAUGGCAGUUGUUCGAUUGUUGUGUCAUUGGGAUUGGGAUUGUUAUGGCGAGUUAAUUCGAGGGUAUUGUCUGAAAGGGGAUACUGACAAGGCAUUGGAUCUUUGUAAGGAAAUGGAAUCAGGAGGUAUUAAAACCGAUGGGAAGUUUGUGAGGCAGAUGAUGGAACACUUGUGGCGAAUAGGGAAGCUUGAUGAAGCUCUAUGCUUGUUCAAGCAUUUUACACAGCAAUCAAGGGUUUUCAUUGAUGAGGUCUCGUUUUGUAUUGCGAUUUAUGCUGCAUGUAACGUAGGGAAAAUGGAUGAUGCCAUGGGGUUGAUAGAUGAGAUGAAAAGCAGGAACAUCAUGCCUAUUGAUAGGCAGGCACAAGCAGAAAGAAAUGAAGAAAUGCGGAAGGAAACACGAACCUUGGAGGAGGAAAUCAACAACAAUAAUAGCGUCGGUGGCCGGAGAGGGAAAGUUUAUGGUGGUUGCAGGUGUGUCUUCUAUUAUGGAGAGAAUCGGCGGGAGAAUCGUUGGGAGAGGGAGAAUGUCGGAACAAAUGAGAAAUGGAAGAAAAUGAGAGCACAAGGUAGAAAACAGAAUCAGUUGGGUGAAAUCUGCAUCGACCUUUAG